AUGGAUUAUAACAAGAAAAGGAUGGCAGAUAUUGAUCCUGUAUAUGAUAGUGAUUCUUCUACUGAAAAUGCAAUCAAUACUGUUGGUAAUAUACCUAUGGAAUGGUAUGAUGAUUAUCCACACAUCGGUUAUGAUAUUGGUGGGGAAAAAAUUAUGAAACCUGCUAGAGGUGAUGAAUUGGAUAACUUUUUGGAUAAUAUGGAAGACCCUGAUACAUGGUUAUCUGUCAAAGAUGUUUUAUCACAACAAGAUGUUAAAUUGACUGAUGAGGAGUUGGAGAUUAUUCGUCGAAUUCAAAUGGGCGAAUUUCCAGACCCCAAUUAUGAUCCAUAUGAACCAACUGUAGAAUGGUUUACCAGUAAACCUGAAAUAAUGCCUUUAAGUGCAACUCCAGAGCCCAAAAGACGGUUUAUUCCUUCAAAAUGGGAAGCAAAACGUAUCAUGAAAAUAGUACGUGCCAUUCGUCAAGGACGUAUAGUUCCAGGGAAAACACCAGUUCAAAAGCCUCGUUUUUAUGACUUGUGGAACGAUAAUGAUAAACCACGUGAAGACCAUCCAAUGCAUCUUCCUGCACCCAAAACACAAUUACCUGAACAUGAUGAAAGUUAUAAUCCACCAGCCGAAUAUUUGUUGUCAGAAAAAGAAAGGGAGAAUUGGAAUAAUACUGACGCAGAUGAUAGGGAGAAAAAUUAUAUGCCCCAAAAAUAUCAAAACCUUAGAUCUGUUCCUUCUUACAAUCGGUUCAUCCAAGAAAGAUUCAAUAGAUGUCUUGAUUUAUAUUUAGCUCCACGUAUGAGAAGGAAUAAGCUUAAUAUCGAUCCAGAGUCAUUAAUUCCAAAACUUCCAAAUCCUAAAGAUUUGCAACCAUUCCCAAAAUCAUUAACCAUUUCUUAUGAUGCUCAUACUGGAUAUGUUCGUACGUUUUCAAUUGAUCCAACAGGAUUAUGGAUGGUUUCAGGUUCAGAUGAUAAAACUGUUAGGAUAUGGGAAAUAAUUACAGGUCGUUGUGUCAAAAUAUGGCACUUAGAAGAUGUUGUACAUUCAGUUGCAUGGUGCCCUAAUAAAGAUAUUAAAUGUUUAGCGGUAUCAUAUACAAGCAAAAUUUUAAUUAUUUCACCAACUGACAUCUUUGACAAAGAAACAACAGAAUUUACUGUCAAAAGUAUUAUAUUGGGAUUUGAUAGUCUUCAACAAAACGAUGAAAAAAGGAACAUUGUUGAAUGGAUUAAACCAGCUGAAAAAAAUCAUAAUAAGGAAUUUCUGGCUAUUAUCCAUCAUUCGCACAACAAGACCAUAAAACAGAUUAAUUGGCAUCGUAAAGGAGAUUAUUUUUUCUCUGUGGCACCAGAUGCUGGAAAUCAGGGUGUCAUUAUUCAUCAUCUUUCAAAACAUCAAAGUCAGCAACCAUUCCAAAAAAUUAAAGGAAUAGUUCAAUGUGCAUCUUUUCAUCCAAUUAAACCAUUGUUUCUUAUAGCGACCCAAAGAUUUGUUCGAGUUUAUGAUUUAUUGAAACAGGAAUUAAUCAAAUCAUUACAAUCUGACUCGAAAUGGAUAUCAAGUUUAGAUAUUCAUCCAAUGGGAGAUAAUCUAAUUGUUGGAAGUUAUGAUAAACGUUUGUGUUGGUUUCAUUCAAAGGCCAUUCGUAAUGUAACUUUUCAUAAACGAUUGCCACUUUUUGCUUCAUGUAGCGAUGAUGGUAAUAUUCAAAUUUUUCAUGGAAUGGUAUAUAAUGAUUUACUCCAAAACCCAUUGAUCGUACCAGUAAAAAUUUUAAAAAACGGACAUCAAACGGUUAACAAUUUAGGCGUUUUGUGUUGUGAAUUUCAUCCCACUCAGCCGUGGAUAAUAUCUUCAGGAGCAGAUCAUUCAUUAAAACUCUGGUCAUGA